AUGGCAGCUCCUGUCUUUCCACCGUCCAGCAAUGGUACAACCAACGGUGCCUCGAGUGGCCCUAACACAUACCGAGUCCUCAUCUUGCCAGGCGAUCAUGUUGGCCCAGAAGUCAUGCGUGAAGCUCUCAAGGUCAUGGAGCUGAUUGAGACCAAGAGAUCGGACAAGAUAAAGUUCCAGCUUACACAUGAGAUCGCAGGUGGAUGUAGCAUGGACAAGAGAGGGACGCCGAUCACUGAUGAGGUGUUGCGGAUUGCGAAGGAUGAGGUCGAUGGCGUGUUGUUUGGGAGUGUAGGUGGACCGGAAUGGGGCCACACGUACCCAAACCCCGAGUCCUCUCUCCUCCGCCUUCGUGCACAUAUCGGAGCCUUCGCGAACAUUCGACCUGCAACCUUCUACUCAAAAUCUCUGGUUCCGCUCUCGCCGCUCAAACCACAUAUCGCAACUCCAGUGAACUUCAUCGUGCUUCGCGAAAACUGUGGUGGUGCAUACUAUGGUAACAAGAUAGAAGAGCAGGACUAUGCAUGCGAUCCAUGGGGAUACUCUACACCUGAGAUUGAGAGGUGUGCAAGAGUUGCAGCAGCACUUGCACGAACCCUGGGCAAGGACGGUCGCGGAGACGGAAGUGGUGGCCCGGCUACAGUAUGGAGUGCAGAUAAGGCCAAUGUCCUUGCAAACUCUAGGCUGUGGCGACGAGUGGUCAGCAGGGUCUUUCAAGAGGAGUUCCCCGACGUUGAACUGAAGCAUCAACUUGCUGAUUCACUUUCGAUGAUCAUGAUGACAGAUCCAGCGAGAUUCAACGGCGUCAUUCUAACAGACAACACCUUCGGAGACAUGCUGAGCGACCAGGCUGGUGGUGUGGUUGGAACAUUGGGUGUGUUGCCUAGUGCCUCACUCUGCGGAAUACCAGGCGAAGGACAGAAGUGCAAUGGUAUCUACGAGCCAGUGCAUGGUUCUGCGCCUGAUAUCUCUGGCAGAGGAAUCGUGAACCCAGUGGCACAGAUACUGAGUGCUGCGUUGCUGUUGCGAUACUCAUUGGGUCUCGUGGAAGAAGCCGUACUCAUUGAGCAGGCAGUUGAGAAAGUGCUCGACGGCAAGGACAUCGGUGGUCUGGAGAUCAGAACAGGUGACCUUGGUGGAAAGGCCACAACGGUCGAGGUCGGUGACGCCAUCUGCAGUGUGCUAAGCAAUUUGUUAGAUGGUGGCCACACUUCAGCUACUACAGAUGGCGCUCAAAGCAGUCUGGCAGAUGACUUUGCCAAGGCCAAUGUACAGGAGACCUUGGGCGAGAGUCACAAGAGUGAGAACAAGCCAUAUGAGGAUGCAACGAACAGUGCGGAUGUCCCGAAAGGACCGCAGGAUGCCAUUGCUUUGAAUGGAUAG